CCUGCCGGACGCACGUGGCUGCGUCGCCUUCCUGGUUUUUGGUCGGAUUUUUGGGUUUGGGGGGCCGCAGCUGGUUGGUGUUGGGAGCCGGAACGUUUUUAUGGCUCCAGCUCAGGCUUCGGGACGGAGGAGGAAAAGACAGCGGCGGUGUAAGGAUCAUGAUUUGGAUCCGCAAGAGGACUAUGAGAUGCCAGUGCCGACAUUCCCCACGGCUGAUUGUGCUUCUGAUGUUGAGCCAGACACCCGGGAAAUGGUUCGCGCCCAGAACAAGAAAAAGAAGAAGUCAGGGGGUUUCCAGUCCAUGGGGUUGAGUUAUCCAGUGUUCAAAGGGAUAAUGAAGAAAGGAUACAAAGUGCCUACCCCAAUCCAGAGGAAGGCUAUUCCUCCGAUCCUGGACGGAAAGGAUGUCGUUGCCAUGGCAAGAACGGGGAGUGGGAAGACGGCCUGUUUCCUCAUUCCCAUGUUUGAGAAGCUGAAGGCGCACAGCGCAAAGACUGGCGCCCGGGCCCUCAUCCUGUCACCCACUCGGGAACUUGCCCUGCAGACUCUGAAGUUCACCAAAGAGCUUGGCCGGUUCACAGGCCUGAAGACUGCCUUGAUUCUUGGAGGAGACAAGAUGGAAGACCAGUUUGCAGCGCUGCAUGAAAACCCUGAUAUAAUCAUCGCCACUCCUGGCCGCCUGGUUCAUGUGGCCGUGGAGAUGAAACUCAAGCUACAGAGCAUGGAAUACGUGGUGUUUGAUGAAGCGGACAGGCUCUUUGAGAUGGGCUUCGCAGAGCAGUUGCAGGAGAUCAUUGGCCGACUCCCAGAGAGCCGCCAGACGGUGUUGUUCUCUGCCACCUUGCCGAAACUUCUGGUGGAGUUUGCCCGAGCUGGCCUUACAGAGCCAGUGUUGAUCCGCCUGGAUGUGGAGUCUAAGCUCAGCGAACAGCUGAAGCUCGCCUUCUUCCACGUCCGUGCAGAUGACAAGCCUGCACUGCUGUUGUAUCUACUCAGGACUGUAGUAAGACCCCAAGACCAGACCAUUGUGUUUGUGGCCACCAAACACCACACGGAGUAUCUUAAAGAGCUGUUGACGGCACAGGGUGUGGAAUGCUCGCACAUCUACAGCUCUCUGGACCAGACAGCUCGCAAGAUUAACAUCGGCAAAUUCACCCAUGGCAAAUGCUCAGUGCUGAUUGUCACUGACUUGGCUGCCCGUGGGAUUGACAUCCCCUUGCUGGACAAUGUGAUCAACUACAGCUUUCCUGCCAAGCCCAAGCUCUUCCUGCAUCGUGUGGGCAGAGUGGCACGUGCUGGAAGGAGUGGCACAGCGUAUUCUUUGGUGGCGCCAGAUGAGACUCCCUACGUCUUUGAUUUGCACCUCUUUCUAGGCCGUCCCCUUGUGCUUGCCAGUCCCCACAAGAAACCCUCAGAUACAGAUGGUGUCUUUGGUCGCACCCCUCAGAACAUCAUUGAUGACGAGGAGAGCCUGCUGCAGACAGACCAUGAACGUUCGCUGGACCUGCAGAGCCUGCGCCGAGUGUCUGACAAUGCUCAGAAGCAAUACGUGAAGUCACGGCCCGGUCCGUCUCCAGAAUCCAUCAAGAGGGUCAAAGAAAUGGACUGCUCCCUUCUGGGCAUUCAUCCUCUAUUCAGUUUGCGCUUUGAGGGGGAUGAAAUUGAGCGGCUGAAAUUCGUGGACAGCAUUAAAACCUACCGUUCCAAGGCGACUAUCUUUGAAAUCAAUGCCACCAACAAGACGCCGGCUAGCGACGUCAUGCGAGCCAAACGAAGCCACGACCGGCAGCUCAUCGACCGGCACCAAAGGAAGCAGCAAGAAAGAUUAUCCUUGCUGGCAGAGAAGGUUCAAGAUCCAGCUGUGCCAGUCGCUGCUGAGCAAGACUCUGAGGAGGGGGAAGAAAACCUUCAGGCUGUCUUCUCCACGGUGAUCGGACGGAAGAGGAAGCAGACUCAGCUGGGAGAAGGCACCAGGAAAAAGAGGAAACGGGCGAUGCAGAGAGAUGAUGAGUUCUACGUCCCUUACCGGCCAAAGGACUUUGCUUCCGAGCGUGGGCUCAGCAUCGGUGGGGAAGGCAACGCUUUCGAGCAACAGGCUUCUGGUGCCGUCCUCGACCUGAUGGGUGACGAAAAUCGGAGCAUGAACACCAACAAACAGCUCCUGAAGUGGGAUCGGAAGAGAAAGCGGUUUGUGGGGCAAAUGGGCCAGGAGAACAAGAAGAAAAUCCGAACAGAGAGUGGCAAAUACAUCAGCAGCUCGUACAAAAGCAACCUCUAUGAGAAGUGGAAAAAGAAAAACAAGAUCGAUGAACGGGAUUCUGACUCGGAGGCCGGAGGAGAGCACAGGGGUGGAAAGAGACAGAAAGGCAAAGGGGCACGCCCUCUGCCUUCCUCACAAGGCCGCCAUGGCUCCCAGCCAGCCCAGGCACGCUCUGAGCUGAGAACCAAGCAACAGAUCCUCAAACAGCGGAAGAAAGUGGCAAAGCAGCGCUUUCUGCAGAGCGGAGCUCUCAAGCGGUUAAAGUCCCGCAACCGCCGGCACGUCCACGACCUCCGCCAGAGUGCUUUUGGGCGCGGAACCGUCAAGAAGGGCAAGCUGCGGAAGAGGAUGUAAGAGUAUGAGAAGACAGCUGGCUUUCUGCACCUGCCUCCUAAUGUUCAAACCCUGCAUUUGGAAGGAGACCAUUAAAUGUUUUGAAUAUC